AACAGAUUUCAGCCAGCGCGUUGAUCACACACCGUCUCAACCGUCAAUCUUCUGAUUUAAAUUUAUAAAAUCACCACUUGGCAGACCAUCGAUAUCUGAAAUACCUCUAAAUUCUUUGACAACGGACCGACUAUGUUAGUCCUUAAUAAGGAGGAGAUUGCAGGUAUUCUGCACGGUCUAUCGCCAGAGCAGAGCCAUGAGAUUCUUGAUACGUUCUGCCAGAUGCUGGCGGAUUAUUCAACACAAGAAAAAUCCGAAGGGGAAGAUCAUCAGAAGACCAUCUUUCAGCCUCUUCGCGCGCGGAUAACGACCCCUCUAAAAACCACGACACUAUUUAUGCCAUCCUCGACGACGAAUGUGACUGGCAUAAAAGUGGUGUCGAUGCCACCUGCUGGCGGACUGAAUAGCGCCCUUAACAUCUUCAACCCAACCGGUCACAUACAGGGUCUUCUGAACGCUGCAGAUAUUACGGGUUUUCGGACGGCCCUAACCAGCAUGAUUAUCUUCUCCCAUCACGAUUGGCAAUCAUCUGUCAAGGAACCUAUCAAUGUUGUAGUAUUCGGAGCCGGAACACAAGCGGAGUGGCACGUUCGACUUGCACUUUUACUCACACCGCCCGGGACGAUCGGCCGUGUCACCAUCAUCAACCGCAAUGCAGAGCGUUUGGAGCAUUUGAAAGCUUGCCUCUUUGAAGAACUCCAUGCACGGUACCCAGAGGUACAAUUUGAGGUCCUAGCUCGUGUGCCGCAGAAUGAAGAUCAAGUUCGGCAGAGGCUCGUAAAGAGCAACGCCCUCUUCUGCUGUACGCCUUCUACUUCGCCACUAUUUCCAUACUCUUAUCUGGAAGGGUCAAAACAAGAGGAACAUACUAGAUACAUCUCGAUGAUUGGUUCUUAUCAGCCUCACAUGAAGGAGGUUGACACCGCGACACUACUUUCUGGCGGGCCCACCAUCUAUGUCGACAACAGGGAAGCCUGCCUAGAGGAGUCUGGCGAGCUUGCUGACGCGAAGGUCACAGGGGACCGGCUUGUCGAAGUUGGCGAGUUGCUCACUCAAGAGCGGGGUGACAGACGUGCUGGGGUGUCUCCCAGCUGGGCAAAGUGGACUGGCACUCGUGUGUUCAAAUGUGUCGGCAUGGGUAUAAUGGACGUGCUUAUAGGCUCAGAGUUAUUGCGAAUUGCAAAGGAGAAGGGCCUUGGGACGGAAGUUCCUUUUUAA